UUUGUUGCAGUUGUUGUGGCACAAGAUGUACAAGCGGUCGAAGGAAAAAGUGUUAGUUUACCAUGCGAAGUUACACCACCAGGUCACGAUAAGGUCUAUAUGGUUUUUUGGUUUCAAUACGGUUCUGGAAUUCCGAUAUACAGUUUUGAUGUACGCGGUAAGCCGAUUUCGCAAGCACGCCAUUGGUCUGCACCGGAAGUGUUUGGAUCGAGGGCCUACUUCAACACUGUGUCGGAACCGGCGCAACUCGUCAUCAACGACAUCCGGCGUCACGAUGAGGGCGUCUACCGCUGUCGUGUCGACUUCCGAAACGCACAGACUCGCAGCUUCCGUUAUAACUUGACCGUUAUAGUUCCGCCGGAACAACCAACGAUUUUGGAUAAAUGGGGGAGACAAUUAAAUGGAUCGGUUGGACCACACCGCGAAGGCGAUGAUAUAACAUUAACCUGUAGGACUGUUGGUGGUCACCCCGAACCGGUUGUAAGAUGGUUAGUAAACGGUUUAAUCGUCGACGAUCAGUAUGAAUACAACGCCGGCGAUGUCAUUGAAAAUCGAUUGGUGUGGCCUUCGGUUUCAAGAAAUCAUUUAGACGCUUUAUUUACUUGCCAAGCCGUUAAUACAAAACUAACAGAACCGAAAGAAGCUGUGGUUAUUUUAAAUUUACAACUAAAGCCUCUGACGGCUCAGAUCCUGAACACCGUAAGCCCUUUGGUGGCUGAGAAAAGAUACGAAGUGACCUGCGAGUCGGCUGGAUCUCGCCCUCCUGCUAUUAUCACUUGGUACAAGGGGAAGAGGCAGCUGAAAAGAGCCAAGGACGAGGUCCGGGAGAACGUAACAAUAAGCGAGCUGAACUUUGUUCCCUCGACGGAGGACGAUGGAAAAUCCAUAACGUGCAGGGCAGAAAACCCGGACGUCAACGGCCUGUACAUGGAAACUUCAUGGAAAAUAGACGUUGUCUACCCGCCGAUAGUGUCUUUACAACUUGGAAGUACACUCAAUGCAGACGACAUUAAGGAGGGGGAUGAUGUUUACUUUGAAUGCCAUGUUCGCGCGAAUCCCCAAUGGAGAAAGUUAACAUGGCUUCACGAUGGUAUCAUUUUAAAUCAUAACAUGUCCGCCAGGAUCAUAAGAAGCAAUCAGAGUCUCGUCCUUCAACGUGUUACGAGACAAAGUGCAGGGAGAUACGUUUGUUCUGUAGUGAACGCUGAGGGAGAAACACUCAGCAACGAACUGGCAUUUCGUGUUCAAUAUGCCCCGAUUUGCAGACAAGACCGCAUUGUGGUCCUCGGAGCGUCGAGAGGAGAAAACAUUGACGUCGUCUGCGAGAUCGAAGCGGAUCCUCCGGCAAAAACCUACAGGUGGAAGUUCAACAACUCCGGAGAAACGCUCGAUGUCGACGCCGAAAGAUUUGCGAAAACAAGCAACGGAUCUAUGAGUAUAUUACGAUACACACCAGUCCAUGAAAUGGAUUAUGGAUUGUUAUCUUGUUGGGCUUCCAAUUCAGUUGGACAUCAAAUAAAUCCUUGUGUUUUUCAAGUUGUAGCAGCAGGUAAACCGUUUCCGGUACGCAAUUGUUCACUGUCCAACCAAACGAGCAGCUCCGUGGAAGUCCUGUGCCUUCCCGGUUUCGAUGGAGGCCUCACCCAACAUUUCCUACUCGAAUUAUACUCAACGAAUUCCGCGGUACCAAGAUAUAAUAUGACUUCAACGAAAGAACCGUACUUUUUUUUGGAUAAUUUGGAGCCGGACGUCACUUUUAGGAUCGCGGUAUUUGCAAUCAACGCAAAAGGACGCAGCAACGGGGUUAUCUUAGAAGAAGUCACUUUUCGGGACGCCGAGAAACGAACAGCCAGCGACGGCGACAUUUCCAUCUCACCGCUUUUGGGGAUCGUUCUCGGAGCUGCUUUCACGGUUAUAACAAUCGUUAUGUUAAUCAUAAUCCGAGUGAGAAGAAAUCAAGGACCACCCGAAGUUAAUUUGGAACAAAAAAGUAUCGGCGGUUCAACUCAACACACUCUUUCAUCAACGAAACCUUUACUAAGAAGUGCAUCACCUAGAGAACUUUCUGAUGAAAGAGACCCCGAUAUAAUUCCGGCUAAAUAUGGUUCACCCGAUGGGGAAAGUGAUCGACAAAUGGGAAAUGGCCCAUCUACUUUACCCAUUUCAAAAAUGACGUCUUCCUGUAGUUACUCCCAAGUCGGUAUUGCCCAACCCCAAUGGGUUAGUCCAGCUGCAGCACCUGUUAUGGAUUCAUUGUAUCACCAAUAUAAUAAUCCCGUAGCGAUGGUGGGCACAUUUCCAAGGGAUUCAAGGCCAAAAGACCUUCGCCUGGGCAACGGAAACUCAUCAACUCUACAAAGAACAACGGAUAUGGAAUUAAACGGUCUCGCAAUUAAAGAAAGAUUGAUGGCGAAUCGACUGCCUGAAAGUUGUGUUUAAAAA